GUAGCAGCUCAGUCGGUGUGUCUAGCUGGAGCAUGAAGUUAAACUCCUGCGCGCUGUGCAGGCUGAGAAUGUGGACGCCUCGGACGGAUAGGUGCGCGGGAGUCGCAUCCAUCUGACUCCCAGUCAGUUCGUGGGAUUUGAUUCUUCCCGAGUGGACCGGCCAGGGUGGGCACUGCACAGCGGCACCUCGGCGGCGUCACUGUCUUUGGACGCGAAGAUGCUGCUCCGCGGACUUCUCCUGUGUUUUUCAGUAACAGGUUUUGUUUUCGCGCAGCCCGACAGCUCCGGGUUGUUUUACGCGCUCCGAUCGGAGCUGUCGGAGGACGCGAUCCUGGUGGCCAACAACGGAAUACGCGUGCCUUUCGGGAGAUCGAUCUUCAUCGACCCCAUCAACGAUCUGGUGGUUCAGACGCAGCCGGGAGACCGGUGCAGCAUCACCGUGCUGGACAACGACCCGCUCACGCAGAGACCGGGGCACCUCUCCCCCAAAAAGUUUUCCUGCGAUUUCGGUCCGAGCGACGUGACGUAUUCCCACUACGGCUCCAGGAGUCCGGCCAGGGACAGAGUGAGGCUGCAGCUCAGGUAUGAUGCCCAGACCGAAACUGUUAUUAUCCCGUUCAUGAUGGAGGUGGAGGUACUUUUUACGCAGCUGGAGUUACUCACAAAAAACAUGCCUCUCACUGUUGAUCGCCUUAAAGGGAUCAGCAAUCCUAUUAAUAAGAAGAUCCUGGAGUUUACUUAUGAUAAAGCGUCUUACAAAUGCGAAGUGUCAUCCCUUGCCGGCGCCAGCGUGCUGCCCAGAUAUGGACAACUCAUUGAUGGAGGUAAACUUGACACGGUGAUGGACUGUAACGAAUUUCUGCAAGCUGAUAUCCGCUAUGAGCACACGUCUGAUCACAAAUCCCCAAACAGGGACAACGUUCCAAUGGCUGUAGAGCUGCGUGAUAAAGAAGGGAACCUGGUGAAGCAGGAGCAUUUUCAUCUCAUGGUUCGCAUCAAAGAUGGAGAGGAAAACACUCCUCCCAAACCCAGCUUUGUUUCCAUGAUGAUGAUGGAGGUUAGCCAGUUUGUGAUGACUGCCCUCAACCCUGACAUGCUGGCUGCUGAGGAUACAGAGUCAGACCAUGAGGAGCUUAUUUUCAACAUCACAUCUCCCUUAUCUUAUGAGGAGGGCUACAUAGUCAGCACGGAUGACAGAAACUUGCCAAUCACUUCCUUCUAUCAGAGAGACCUGCAGGAUUUGAAAAUAGCUUAUGUUCCACCUUCACUGGACUCGGACACAGAGAGGAUUUUCCAGCUGGAGUUAGAGGUGAUAGACACGGAGGGGGCUGUCUCGGACCCGUUUGCUUUUAUGAUUGUCGUGAAGCCGAUGGACACUCUGGCCCCUGUUGUGACACGUAACACGGGCCAGCUGCUGUACGAGGGCCAGUCGCGGCCUCUCGUCAGCUCGCACAACUUGGAGAUCAGCGACGAGGACAACCUGGACUCUGUCACAGUCACAGUGGUGGACGGCCUACGGCACGGGGAGCUCAUGGUGCUGGGCUCCAGGAGGAAAUUCUUCACACCCACUGACCUGACAACAGGGGCUGUCAUCUACCAGCACGACGGCAGCGACACAUACAGCGAUAACAUUGUCUUUAGGAUGACGGAUGGGAAAAACGACGUUGAGUUCCUCUUUCCCAUCACCAUCGUCCCCACUGACGACGAGCCGCCGAUCAUCAAUGCAAACACGGGUCUGGUGCUUUUCAAGCACCAAGUAAUCCCCAUAUCGCCUCUCAUGCUCAGUGCCGUUGAUAUCGACUCUGAGGACUCCACGAUUAAAUUCACCGUUGUUCCCCCUUUUUCUUCAAUUGGCACAAUGCUCCUGCGACAGUCAGAUGCCCCGGAGGACCCCUCCUCUUGGAAGUUUAACGCCGAGGAUGAAAUGUAUGAGAAGGAGGUGAAAGAGUGGCUUCAGAAAGACAUUACAGAAGGAAAGCUGUUUUACAGGCACACUGGUCCCCACAGCAUUGACACGAUCUUGGAUCAGUUUAUAUUCACAGUUCAGGAUGACAAUGACCCACCUAAUUUAUCUGGGGAUAGUAUUUUUGUGAUUCGCGUCUUGCCAAUUGAUGAUGUGCCCCCUGAGCUGUACCCUGGCACUGCUCUGCAGAUGACGGUUGAAGAGUAUGAACUCACUCAGUUCAGUAAAGAGGUCCUCCGUUACACUGAUGUGGACUCGGAGGACCGUGACCUCAAAUACACACUCAUCCAGGCUCCAACUGAUAUAGAUGAAAAUAACCCCAUUGUGAUUGGCUCUUUGGUGCUGACCGAUCGUCCAGACUCCGAAGUGUCAGAGUUUACGCAAGCUCAAAUCAACCAUCACAAGAUCUCCUACGCACCCCCGGACGUAGAGCUGGGAAUCACGCCCCACGUCGUGCAGUUCCGUUACACCGUCGAAGACGCAGCGGGGAACAGCGUCGAGGGGACGUUCACCAUCUUUUUGCAGCCAGUCAACAACAACCCACCCCAGAUCACAAACACUGGCUUUGCCGUGUUUGAAGGCGGCAUGCACAUCAUAAGCGCUGCAGAGCUAGAUGCCCAGGACCUGGACUCAGAACGCGAAAAGAUAACAUUUGCUCUAAGCCGGCCACCUAAACAUGGCCAGAUUCAGGCUGCGUUCACUGACCUGGAGAAAAACAGGGUUUUCAGACUAGAUGAAAUCUCAGCGGGGAAGAUAUCAUAUAUUCACAGCGGGGACGAGACAGUGAGUGAUGAUUUUCAGCUGGAUGUCAGCGAUGGGAUACAUGUUGUGAGCGUGAUGGUUAAAGUUAACGUAAAGCCUGUCGACGAUGAAACUCCAUCCAUCAGCCUGCCCAUGGGAAAAAUUGGGUCUCACAUGGAAGUAUUAGAAAAUGGAGUGGCAGAAAUCACGACGAAUUUGAUUCAAGGCCAUGAUGAUGACACUGACGACUUCCAGCUGACGUUUAUUGUGCAAGAUCCCCCAGUCUUUGGGGAAAUAUUGGUUAAAGGAGAGCCUGCCGCGAGGUUCACACAAGCUGACAUAAUUAACGGGGAAGUUGUGUAUGCACACACCGGUGGUGAGAUAGGUCUUGUCUCUCAGCAAGAUGGAUUUAAUUUGACUCUCACAGACAUGUCUGAUGACUGGAUAGUAGGGGGCAAUACGGUCAGUGGAGUCCAUAUUCGAGUCACUGUCUUGCCUGUUGACAAUCAGGCCCCUGAGGUUGGACUUGGGCUCCAGUUCAGCGUUAUUGAGGGCGAGAAAUAUGGGAUCGGCCCUCAGCACUUGAACGCUGAUGAUAAUGACACUCCAGCAGAUGAUAUCCUUUGCACCAUCAUUGUGCAGCCCACUGCAGGCUAUGUGGAAAAUAUAUCCCCUGCUCCAGGCUCAGAAAAGUCAAGGUCAGGAGCAGCUAUCAGUGCAUUUACCAUCAGAGACAUAAGGGAGGGAAAUAUCUACUAUGUGCAGAGCAUUCACAAGGGGCUGGAGCCAGUGGAGGACCGGUUCACAUUUAGGUGCUCUGAUGGCAUCAAUUUCUCAGAGAACCUUUUCUUUCCAAUCACAAUCAUCCCGACGAAUGAUGAAAAGCCAGAGAUUUACUUGAGGGAGAUAGUUGUGAUGGAGGGGAUGAACAUUAUCAUCGACCCUCCGAUUCUGAAUGGAGCCGACACCGAUGUUCCACCUGAGGAGCUGAUGUUCAUAAUUUCCAAACGUCCCAAACACGGUGCCAUUUUAAAUCAGUUAUCCACGGGCUCUGUUUUGGUGUCUAACUUCACCUUAGACCAGAUUAGAGAAGCGUCGGCUAUCAUUUAUGAGCACGAUGACUCUGAGACAACGGAGGACAGCUUUGAUGUCAUUCUGACGGAUGGAACGUACUCUGUGCAGAAAACAGCCGUUAUUAUGAUCAUCCCUGUUGAUGACGAGACCCCCAGGAUGGCUGUCAAUGAUGGCUUGGAGGUGGAAGUCGGAGAGACGAAAGAGAUUAACAAUAAAGCCCUCAAAGCAACAGAUUUAGAUUCAGAGGACAGCAGGCUAACGUAUAUAAUCCGAUUUGGGCCUGCUCAGGGUCUCCUGCAGAGAAAAACACCAUCCGGGUCUCUUGAGAACAUCACACUUGGGAUGAAUUUCACACAAUCUGAAAUUGACGUAGGACUCAUACUGUACACCCACAAUGGACAAGAGGGCAUCCGAGAUUUAAUUAAAUUUGAUGUGACUGAUGGAAUCAACCCACUCAUAGAUCGUUACUUCUACAUCACUGUGGGCAGCAUUGACAUGGUCUUCCCAGAUGUGAUCAGUAAAGGUGUGUCUCUGAGAGAAGGUGGCAGGGUGACUUUAACCACAGAUCUCCUUAGCACCUCUGAUCUAAACAGUCCUGAUGAGAACUUAGUUUUCACUAUCACACGGACCCCGGUCAGGGGACACCUGGAGUGCACAGACACUCCUGGGAUACCCAUUGGGUCUUUUACCCAACUCCAGUUAGCAGGCAGCAAGAUCUUCUACAUGCACACGUCAGACGACGAGAUAAAAAUGGACAGUUUUGAGUUCGAAGUCACCGACGGGUACAAUCCCAUUUUCCGAACAUUCAGAAUCUCUAUCGUGGAUGUGGAUAACAAAAAACCCGUUGUGACUAUAAAUGGACUGGCUGUCACUGAAGGGCAGCUGAAGCUAAUCACACCCUUCGAGCUCACCACUGAAGAUCAGGACACUCCUGAGAAGUUGAUAACAUUUAUAAUUACUCAGUUGCCUGUUCAUGGCAAGCUGCUCUACAACCGGUCCACGCCUGUAGCCAGCUUUACAAAGCAAGACCUCAAUGAAAACCUCAUCAGCUACAAACACGAUGGAACCGAAUCCCCAGAAGACUCCUUCUCCUUCACUGUCACUGAUGGCACGCACACAGACUUCUAUGUUUUCCCCAACACGGUUUUUGAGACAAGACGCCCGCAGACUAUGAAGAUAACCAUUUUGGCAAUAGAUAAUGGUAUCCCUCAGAUUGUGGUGAAUAAAGGCGCAUCCGCUUUAAAGAUUUUGGCCACAGGUCUCUUGGGGUUCCCCAUCAGCCCUAAAGUGUUAAAAGUGGAGGAUAGGGACAGCAGCCCAGCCUCGGUGGUGUUCUACAUCGCUACCCAGCCCAAACACGGCUACAUCGUCAACCUAGGACGCGGAAACAACUCCAUUGACACCUUUAGUCAAGCUGAUAUUGAUGACCUGAACAUCUGCUAUGUGCUGCGGGGUGAAGAAAAUGCUACUUCGGAUGUCUUUCACUUCACUGUUGAGGAUAAUGGUGGAAACAAGCUAAAAGGACAACAGUUCCGGCUGGACUGGGCCUGGAUUUCUCUGGAGAAAGAGUAUUAUGUGGUGGACGAGGAGACCAAAUCCUUGGAGGUGGUGCUCCAGCGGAGAGGGUACCUGGGAGAGACGUCUUUCAUUGGCAUUGGCACCCAGGAUGGUAGUGCAAGGAAGGAUGAGGACUUCAGAGGGAGGUCUCAAAGGCAGGUCCAGUUUAACCCAGGACAGACGAGGGCCACGUGGCACGUUCGGAUCCUGACCGACGAGAAGUACGAGCAGGCGGAGACCUUCCAGAUUCUGCUGUCAGAGCCAGUGAUGGGAGUGAUGGAGUUUCCCAUCUCAGCAACAGUAGAGAUCCUAGACCCUGAUGAUGAGUCGACCGUGUUCUUCCCCGAACCGAUUCAUGCAGUCGAGGAAGAUGUUGGGGAGCUUUUCAUCCCUGUACACCGCAGCGGAGACGUAAGCGAAGAACUCAUGGUGGUCUGCUCCACACAGCAGGGCUCCGCCACGGGAACGAUCCCCACCACCGUUCUAUCUUACUCAGACUACAUUUCCCGUCCCGAGGGACACAGCAGCGUCCUUCGGUUUGACAAAGGAGAGAGGGAGCAGAUGUGUCGUGUGGUGAUCAUCGAUGACUCUCUGUAUGAGGAAGAGGAGAGCUUCAACGCGACUCUGUCCCUGCCUGUCGGCGGGCGGCUAGGAACGCACUACCCCACCACUAAAGUCAGCAUCCUCAAAGAUAUAGAUGACGCUCCUGUGUUUUACUUUGGAGAGGUCCAAUAUCAUGUAGACGAGAGUGACGGCUAUGUGGAGGUCAAAGUGUGGAGGACAGGAACCGAUCUGUCCAAACCUGGGGCGGUGACAGUUCGCUCUCGGAAGGCGUUGCGAGCCUCGGCUGAAGCUGGAAUUGACUAUGUGGGCAUAAGUCAUAACCUGGACUUUGCCCCAGGUGUCAGCAUGCAGACCUUCAAGGUCACAAUCCUGGAUGACAUGGGACAGCCGGAGCUGGAGGGGGCUGAGAGCUUUGAGCUAGUCCUGAGAAUGCCGGUGAAUGGAAUCCUGGGAGAACCUGGAAAGGCUAAGGUCUUCAUCAAUGACUCGGUGUCUGACUUGCCCAAGGUGCAGUUCCGUGAGCCUGUUUACAGUGGAGAGGAGAGUGACGGUCAGAUAACAGCAACAGUUUACCGCAGUGGGGACAUCUGGCACGAAUCAUCUGUUCGCUGUUACUCCCGUCAGGGCUCGGCACAAGUCGCCUCUGACUUUGAGGAGCGACCCAACACAGAUGCUUCUAUCAUUUAUUUCUUACCAGGCGAGGUGGAGAAGCCGUGUAUUCUGUCGCUGGUUGAUGAUACGGUGUAUGAGGAGGUUGAGGAGCUGAGGCUGGUCUUAGGGACUCCAAAGAGCAGCUCCCAUUUCGGUGCAUCAGUGGGAUCCCUGAAUGAGGCUCUGCUUAAAAUAAAGGACACAGCUGACAAACCCGUCAUCCGGUUGUCUGAAACCAAGUUCAGCGUUAGCGAACCAAUGGAAGCUGGUACCGUGGCGACUGUGAGCAUCCCUGUGGUACGAGUUGGUGACACAUCAAAAGUGUCAGUGGUUCGGGUUCAUACCAAAGAUGGGUCAGCAAUCUCCGGAGUGGAUUAUUACCCUGUGUCUCAAGAUAUCGAGUUUAAACAGGGGGAGAAGCGGCAUGUCGUGGAGGUGGCGGUGCUGUUCGAUGGAGUCAGAGAAAUGAGGGAGGCUUUUACGGUCCAUCUAAAGCCCGAUGAAAACAUGGUGGCUGAAACUCAGGUGAUGAAAGCUAUCGUUUACAUCGAGGAGUCCAACAGCAUGGCCGAUGUCACCUUCCCCUCUUUGCCUCGUGUCAUGUCGCUGCUCCAUUACGACGAUGUCGCCAGGACAGCGGACAACCUCCACCCACCUGCUGGUUACCCAGUCAUCUGUGUCACAGCUUGCGACACAAAGUACCCGGACUAUGACAAGACAGGUUCAAUCUGUGUCAGCGAGCGAAUCAACAACACCUUGACCCGCUACCGCUGGCUCAUCGGUGCCCCAGCCGGCCCAGAUGGCGUCACCAGCCCCAUGAGGGAGGUGGACUUUGACACGUUCUUCACCUCCUCCAAGAUGAUUACGCUUGACUCGGUCUACUUCCAGGCAGCUUCCAGGGUGCGGUGCGCCGCUCGCGCCGUUAAUUCCAACGGGGAGGAGGGUUUGGAGCUCAGCAGUCCCAUUGUCACCAUCAGCCAGGAGGAAGGUAUGUGUCAGCCUCGCAGGGUGGGAACCGUGGGCGCUGAACCUUUCUCCGCAAAGCUGCGCUACACCGGAGCAGACGACCCGAAACACCCGAACCUCAUCAAAGUGACCGUUACCAUGCCUCACAUAGAUGGUAUGCUGCCCGUUAUCUCCACUCGGCCCCUCACCAACUUUGACCUGACUCUUAGUCCGGACGGCACCCGAGUCGGAAACCACCGCUGCUCGAAUUUGCUUGACUUCGACGAGGUCACCACAGGUCACGGCUUCAUCAGCGCCUCGACGCGCAGCCCCGAGAGCGCGGGGGAGUCGGCGCCCUACCAGUCCAGCGCCUCUCUGCGGGGGAACGGCACGCUGCGCUUCUACAGGAACCUGAAUCUGGAAGCGUGUCUGUGGGAGUUCAGCAGCCACUACCACAUGUCUGAGCUGCUUACGGAUUGUGGCGGAACGAUAGGAACGGACGGACAGGUGCUGAACCUGGUCCAGUCUUACGUGACCCUGCGUGUGCCUCUUUACGUGUCUUACGUGUUCCACUCGCCCCUGGGUUCUGGCGGCUGGCAGCACUUCGACCUCCAGUCAGAGCUCCGGCUCACGUUUGUGUACGACACGGCCAUUCUGUGGAAGGACGGCAUCGGCAGCCCCCCGCACGCGGAGCUGCAGGGAUCGCUGUAUCCUACCAGCAUGCGCAUCAGUGAGCAGGGACGCUUGGUGGUGAAUUUCCGCACCAGAGCUCACUUCAGGGGUCUGUUUGUUGAGUCUCGUUCCUCAGGCGGAAUUAAAAGUGCCGAGGCAUCCCUGUCCUCCAUGGUGAUGAGUGUGGAUCACCCAGGCCUGAUGUUUAACCUCACGUUAGUGAGGAGCGAGCCUACCUACAACCAGCCUGUCCAGCAGUGGACCUUCAUCUCGGAUUUUGCUGUCAGAGAUUAUUCUGGGACAUACACAGUGAAGCUGAUCCCCUGUACAACAUCUCAGAACAUGGAAUACACCGUUCCGCCCGUCUGCAGCCCCAGAGAACAUCUCAAUUUUGACCUCGACAUUAGAUUUCAGCAAGUGAGCGACCCAGUUGCAGUUGAGUUUAGUCUGAAUACUCAGAUGUUCUUGCUGUCCAAGAGGAGCCUCUGGCUUUCUGAUGGAUCUAUGGGUUUUGGUCAGGAGAGUGAUGUCGCCUUUUCUGAAGGUGACACAAUAUACGGUCGCGUCAUGGUGGAUCCAGUGCAGAAUCUGGGGGAUUCUUUCUUCUGCAGCAUAGAAAAGGUGUUUCUCUGCACUGGCGCUGAUGGCUACGUGCCCAAAUAUAACCCGACCAAGUUUGAAUUUGGCUGUCUGGCUGACUCUCCUUCAUUGCUAUACAGAUUCAAGAUUCUUGACAAGGCCCAGCCAGAGACUCAGGCACGUGUGUUCGGAGAGGUCAGUUUUAAUGCAGUGUUGGCAAUAGAUGAUCCAUCCGCUUUGUCUCUUGUCAGACAACCAGGGUCUGAUGGGUUCAGACUGGACUCUACAGCCAUGUUCCAGGUUGCCGCAGGGCGUGAAUGGUACAUACACACUAUUUACACCGUUCGAUCCAAAGAGAACACCCACAGGGGCAUUGGCAAACGCAGCCUGGAGUACCACUCCUUGGUCUCCACACCGACGCCGUCGAAAGAAAAAAGCCAUCGCAGGAGAAGGUCCGACGGUGAGGAGAUCCCAGCCACCACCGACGAUAUCGGAAUAGAUAAGAGCCGGGGGACCAACAUUAUGCAUGUGGCUUUGGACCGCACCAAGAGGAGGUCGAGGGGGUCGGAUGAGCCGUACGCUGGUGGCCGAGAACUCAGCGAGCUGAGCGCCGACGACCAGGUGGAGGGUCUCGUGAGCAUAGUGGGGGCGCUGGUGGGGCUGCUGCUGACGGCCCUCAUUAUCGUCACCGUUGCACUGGCGCUGAGAUCCAGACAGAAGGACGGGAAGGAGGUGUGGAGCGAGGGGGUGCAGGAGGUGGUGAAAGGGUCUGUCAGCACCGAACCCAUGCUGGUGGUGAGGAUGCAGGACUGCCACAACAGCUCUGAGGUGUGAAUGCAUGGAUCGGACAGUUGGACACUGGGAAUAUAUUGGGGGGGGGGGGGUUUUAUAAAUUCUUUUAUCGAUUUCCUUUUUUUUUUUUUUUUUUUUUUUUUCAGAGUUACUUUUACAACACCAAAAACUUUCAAUUGAGCAAAUGUAUUCUUACGCGUGCCUGUUAAUGUUCCCACUGUACUGAAUUCAUGCGAGUGCGCUCAGUACCACACUAUUAUACCAUGCGUUUAUUUAUCCUUUCAGCUGCUAGCACCAUGGUAUUUCCAGGCUCGGGUACUGGCUUCAUUGUGUCUAAAAGUACCUGAAGAAACAUUUAUCCUUCAGGACGGUCAGCUACAAUUUUCAUAUGGAUGAUGCAGAGGAAGUCAAAAAUAAAAUGCUGGAAAUAAUGCUAUUUAUCGACAUUAUUCCCGGCAGCAUUGCGAUUAGAUUGAUGGUGUUGGCAAGUUUUGCAAAAACAGCAGUGGCUGAGCUAAAACGCUUAGUUUCCGUAGCUCAUCUUUUCGGUCUGCUUCGAUAAUCGUGUGUUUGUGAAGCUAUGACAUGACGUGCUGUUCAUGGAGGCACUUACGAACGAUGACGCUUAACUUGUGGCUUUCUCAGAGUGAACAAGGAUUAUUCCUGCGAUUAGAGGAUUAUUUUCCAUUGGUUUACAACAGAUGAGGUAUGAAGAUGAAUGCUGAAUCUAAAUGAGAGGCAUCAUCUGAACAGCCUGUCUAUUUGCUCCGUUUUGCUCACGCUUACCAUCAACCUCCAGAAAAGAAAUGA